AUGUCCGGCGCAAACAGUUGGCUGCAGAGGCAGCGAAAGACUGAUUUGACUGAGCUUGCCCAGUACACAGGUCUCAGGAAUUACGAAUCGUUAAAGAAAACCGAGCUCGAACUUGCCCUCGACGAGUAUUUGGCCGAGAACUCGUCUACCUUCUCGUCCGACCCUAAACUCGCCAACUACUUCUCCAGCCGCGCCCGAACUACCGGGUCCCCAGUCAAGAGGGAUGCUCCCGAGGGCGCCGUAGAGAGGCUAAAGGUUGCUAGACGACGAGUAACCAAGGCUGCCGAGGAGAUUCUUGCUCCAGAGUCUGAUGAUGAUGAGCCUACAAACACCGCCACCGCUCUCGCGCAUACCCCCGGGCGUGCUCUCUCUCUUGCAAGCCGCAUCCCGCUUCCUGCCACUCCCGCAGAUGUUGCCGAAGCCGUCGACCGCUCUACCGUCGCUGUCAGGACGCACGUCGUGGCUCUAUACAAGGAGUCGGGAAUCACGGAGGCCACCCAAGCAACGCGUGAAAGUUUGUCAACCGUGGCCUCGGUGCUCUUCGUUAUAUCCGCGUUUGAGCUCUAUUUCUUGCGUCCCGAAAUACUAGCCGACCGAUAUGCGUUCACCGUUCCCGCCAUCACCUUUCUCGGCACGAGGGACUUCCCAGUCUUCGUCCCUGAUAUGUUCCUGCUCUUGACCUCGUCCUUCUGGUCUCCUGCACUUCUCUGGGGUUUCACGAGCGCUGUCCUGCCUAGCAUUGCCGGCUACUUUUUCAAUUUGACUAUCAACUCCAACCACGGUCGUCCGGGUCGCCGCUCGCACGCGUUGGACUCGGUUGUAGACCCAUUGACCUUUAGCAUCGCCAAGGCUUUGAUCUCUUAUGUGGUCUACGGCCAAGGCAUUACAUUUGGUGGCUGGAUAGACGAGACGUCGAUUGCUCGCAUCAACACGGCCAUAUAUGGCGGCUAUAGGGGUAUCCUGACCGGUACUGCCAUCACCGGCGUCUUGAGCGUCUACGACGCGGUCCUUAGGAAGUAA